AAAUGUGUACCAUUUCUGUGCUCAAGUAAAAUCUGGGAUACUAAGGCUAUAUAAAUGAAUAAAAAAAUCAACUGUUCCUUGCUUGUGAUUUGAAGACCUUUCAAAGGAUAAGACCGUCAGGUCGCAUACAUUCACAACACUCCAUAGGACCUGCUCUCUUCUCUGUAGGCGCUGCAGCCGCCAUACCUAUGCAGUGCUAGAGGAAGCUCUCGCAGAGUUCAUUAUACCUCUUUAUAGUUUUUGCUGGUAAAGUGGAUAUCUACAAUGGCGGAAUUUAAAAUAUUUUCAAGGAGCCUCAAAACUCGAAGUGGAUGGCGUUUGGCGACUGUGAAAGAAGCAGAAGAAAAUAGGGAGUCAAUCAAGAGUAUUAAUUGGUCGACCAGGUGGGAUAGAGCCCGUCUUUUAGAUGGCUGGAUAGGAGGCUCCGCAUACGAUUUCCGUCCUAAAGUGGGUUUCAGAAGCUGUGUUGGAUACAUGUUACUCACUAAGCAAUCUCACUCGCCCCUCUCUGAAAUCUCUAGCUCAGAUGAAAUGGGAAAAGGCUGGUAUUCGGAGGUCACUCUGACGGAAGAGGGAAGAAGGGCUGCCUUGUUUCUGUGCUGUGAAGAUUGGAAUUAUGAGGUUGUUUGUUGGCUGCUCAACUGCUGGUCAAAGCCUGGAAAACAAAAGCUAAAAAUAAACUCAAAAGGGGAGAAAGCAGCGGCCAGUGAACUGGUGAGCGUUGUAGCGAGGGAGUUGCAGAUCACACGGGAAAUGAAGAGAGAGCGGAGAAUCCAGUUUUCGAAGUCGUCAGUGAAAGUGAUAAUGUCUUCCAUUCUGGAGUGUCUGGAAAAGGCAGUUCCAAAUGAGAUUUUGAGGGAAAUUUUAUUGAGGAUGAAGGUUCUCGACUUAGGAGGUCAGUGUUGGAAAGAGAUGGGUUUGACAGACGAUUUGAGUAGAUUCCAACAGUUUGGAUUCAAAACAAUGGAGGCCUCGACUAGGGAGGACAUCGCGGAUGUUGUCUGCCAUGUUGCGGCUGACUCCAUGGCAGUCGCCAUUAUAAGGCAUUACAUUUCUUCAAACGAUGCCAAUAUCGAUCGCCAAAGUUCAACAGGGCUCCGGCAGAGGAUGGGGGAUCUGGAGUUCGUUGCCUCCGUACUGGCUUAUGCAAACCAGAUCUUACAUAAAAGCUAUCAUGGGUACGAUAGUUUAUGGGGGAUUGUAGAAAAAGCGGCGAAAGCAGCUCAUGGCGACUGUAAGAUUCUUGAGGAAAUUUUGUUGCGAGAUCAAGAGUACGGAACAUUCAGCUACGAUGGAAAAUACGGUGUUCUCAACAAAAUUCUUGUUCAGGCCGCGAAGAAAGGCGAUUUAAAUGUUGUGGAGAGGUUAACAGGAUGUGGAAUCCAAGCCCUUGAAACCGACGACAAAAGAGGAAAGACGGCGCUGCACCAUGCAGCAAAACUCGACACCAACUCUCAGGGAGUCGAUAUCGCAGAAGCGCUGCUGCGUAAUGGGGGAGUAGCAAUUCGAGAGCUUGCAAAUGCCCGUGACUAUAAACACAGGACUCCACUACACAGAGCUGCUCUCAGUGGGCACGCGCGCAUGUGUAAACUUCUUAUACGCUAUCACUCAAGCACUCAUGCUCAAGAUAAAAAUGAGCGAAUUCCCCUGCAUUAUGCGCUUGGCCGUGAACAGCAAAACGAGGAGCUCAUUGCUAUGUUGAUGUCAGCGGAUGCAGAGGAAGUGGAUGAACAAGAUCGUCAAGGAAAGACGCCUUUGGAUCUUGCCGUUGAAUGUCAUGCCAGCAACAUCAGAAUGGUGACUUGGUUGCUAUCACUAUCCAGUCAACCAGAGCAUAGCUUUAAGAAGCUCCACCUGUCAGCGUUUCUUAGGGAGUCUUCCCGAAGGGGUUAUCGGGAUCUCCUUGUAAAGUUGCUGAACGCAGGAGCCAAUCCAGUGGAAAGAGACAAUGAAGGAAAAACGGCGCUACAUUACGCAGCAGAGUGUAGAGGGGAAAGUGAAGCAAAAGCAAUCAUCAAGGAACUGAUGGUAUUCGAUGAAGAGGGCCAAGUAAAAUGCCCGGAGCUGGUUACAGCACGUGAUAAUUAUGGAAGAAGUGUGCUCCAUAUUGCAGCUUUCAUCGGACACAAAUCCAUAUGCCAAAUGCUGUUGAGCCUCGACGGCCUGGCCCUAGAUACCAAGGAUCACGACGGCCAAAGUGCUGUGUAUUACGCAGUUGCUGGCACCCAUGACGAUGAUCAGGUUUUAGACGCUUUGCUAUUUCCAGCUUCUUCAAAAGAAGUUCCAAGUAUAGCUGAUCACAUUGAUUCCAGCGGAACAACUCCUCUUCACGUUGCCGCUGCAGCAGGCAACAUUAAAAUGGUGGGGAAGCUUCUGUCAAAGAGAUUGAUUUCCAAGUCGCAACAGCGAGAACAUUUUGUUCGUGCGGCAGACGUGCUGGGUCAAACAGCGCUCCAUAAAGCGGCAUGCGGAGGCCACAAAAGGGUGGUCCAGGAGCUUCUGGACAAGGGAGCUCACCCUUUAAAUGACCGCGACUGUGAUGGCAAAACAGCUCUGCAUUAUGCUGUUCAAGCAGAAAACGAUGAAGAUGCUCUGGGAAUAGCACAAUUAGUGCUCAGCAAAUGUGGUUCCGACGACGAGAAAUCCCUUCUUUUGUGCGCCUCUGCAGUUGGCAUUGGUACCGCUGAAGAAACUUUGGCAAAUAACUCGCCUUUGAAGACUUAUCUUAAGGAUGAAAGAAGUGGAAGAAAGGGGAAUUUGCUCAGAGCGGCAGCCAAACUAGCCAAUAUCGACAUGACGAGGGAGCUUCUCACUGGUGGCGCUCGUAUUUCUGACAUUACCAGCUCGAAAUGGAGAGCCAAAUUGACUCCAAUGGAAGAUCAAAAAGUUGAACAUGUUUUAAAGCAAAUACACAGGAGCGUAGAACAGAGAACUGACGAACCGACUCUGCGGGACAAUCUUGGAAGAAGUGCGUUUGCAAAUGGUCUGGCUGCAUUAUUUUUAAACCCUUACGUAAAACCUCCCAUUACUGUGGGUAUCUCAGGGGAAUGGGGAAUGGGGAAGUCCAGCCUCAUGAUGCAGACAGAAUCUGUUCUUCUCAAGACAUCGGCUCAAUUAGCAUUCUCACAUUCCCUGCAAGUCAAGGGUUUUCUUGGAGCAAGAAAACCCAAAUUAUCAACAAAAGGUGAAAGCAUUAGACGAUCAAUGAGGCGCUUAUCAAUAUCCAAAAGGACAGAAGAUGAAUCCUUGCAUAGUCCUCAUGCAAACAAGGAUGAGUCCACUUCAGCCUUGCAUAGCUCCAAUGCAAAGAAGGAUGAAUCCAAGUUAGACAUUUUCCAGAAGUUGAAAGGUUUGGUGAAAUGCUUGUUUUCUGCUGUAAAGGACAAUACCAGAAAAAGGAAUAGAGAGGUGAAAAUCCCACUGGGUGACUUUUCUGGUAGUUAUAACCCAAAAUAUCAUGCAAUGUACAAGCAUUUGGCCGUUAUAGAUCGCACAGAUAUGUUCGAAGAGGAAGAAGAAGAGGAGAAUGAAUCAACAUCAAGUGAUCAGAGUGAAAGGGUGUGCAAGGAGGAAUCAAAAAGGCAGGGACAGGAACAGAUGCAGAUACAGGGGACAAUACCCUCCAUUUUAACUGUCCGGUAUAAUGCUUGGCAAUACCGGAAUGAAUCCGACGCAUGGGCAGGUCUUGCAGUAAAUGUAACAAGGGAAUUGGAGGCGACGAUGACGGUGGCGCAGAAGCUGAGGACCGGUUGGAGAUAUAAUUGGACUACUCGCAAACGUCAGAUCUUUCUAGGAGUCAUACUUCCAUCCUUUCUUGCAGUAAUUAUGGCCAUUUGGUUCACUAUUAUUUUAUGGCUGAUACUAGACAAAGCCAAAGGUAAAGAUUUAAAACAGUUUAAAUAUGGAAGCUUACCUGCAACUGUAAUUGUUGUUAUGUGGGCUGUGGUGAGAUCAGUGAUUUCUAUUGUAGAGCCCAUCAGUUCUCAAAUGGUUGACUAUAUAUGCUUGCCAAAUCAUGCUGACAAGCUGGGUUAUCAUCAUAAGGUUAUUUCCGACAUCAAGUUUUUGAAAAAAGAAAUAGGUAAUAAACCUUCCCGGUUAUGGAAUGCCUUUAGUUUCUUAUGGUGCUGUGCAACAUUUUGCUGGAAUGACGACUAUAUUCAAGACACCCCGAUUCCCAAGAUGGCCCCUGCUUCCAGUGACAAUCUUAGAAUUGUAGUCUUCGUCGACGACCUUGAUAGAUGUCAAGAAAAUGUGAUUCUGCAGAUAUUGUCUGCCAUUAAUCUAGUUUUGGCUGCUUGCGAGAUCAACGUAGUUUUGGGAAUGGAUAAGAGAAUGAUCGAAAAUGCAAUAAUAAAAAAGUUUGGUAACCAGCAUAAUAAACCUCCUAAUAAGUGUAAUGAGGCCUUGGCAGACAAAUAUUUGAGAAAAAUAAUACAGCUGCCAUUAGACCUACCGGAUCCUAGUCACACCGAGUCCAAGAAUUUCUUGCAGGGGCAGCUAGGAAUUUCGGACACGUGCAAAGGACCUGCUGACUGUGAAGCACAAGCAGAUAUGCCACCUGUUCAUGCGCAUAGAAAAAUGAAUCCCAAGUUCCGAUUGGGAACCUUUAUUUCAAGGAAUCCUAAGUUAGGUGGAGGAGAAACUGUGGCAACCCGGGGAGAAACUGGAGAUAUAAGAGAAAGAGAUGAUGUUUCAGGCACGGAAAGUACUGGACAAGGAACGCAUUUUGAAUUACUCAACACAACAGAACACGGACAAUGUUCAACGGAAAUAUCAGAGCAAGGUUUAGCGGAAGCUGAAACAAAGAUUAUGAUACAGUCUGAAACAAGUUCUGGCAUUAAGGGAGGAGAACAAGGCGACCCGAUUUCAAAGACCGAGAAAGACAGGACUUGGAUGAGAUGGUGUAUGGGGAAAUUGAGAUCAUGCUUCUUCUACAAGUGCAACAGGGGAGAAAAGAGUAACACUGAAAUUGAAGAUGAACUGAUGGAAAUCUUCCCCAUAACUAUUGAAAUGCUGAUACCUCAAUAUAGCAAAGGGGAAAGCGACGCCUUUUGCUUCCUUGAGACAAAAACAACAGGUGCCAGAAAACUCCCCCGAGAAUGGAAGCGGUUGCUCACCUACCAUCGGCUAGCAUGGAAUAUCUUGUCCAAAAGUACACCAGUCAAGACAUUGGCCGGAUGGCAGGUUCAACUUAUUGCCUGGGUUUUUGUUUGUUGGCAAUGGAAAGAUCAAAUUGACACUCUAGUUCAGGAGUGGGAUAAUCUCCGCGUGCUUAAAAACUGGAUUACCGUAAAUGACAAUCAACAAGGGGAAAUGAUCCAGGGUAAAACAAGCGGGCCUUCCCUGAGGGAGAUCGUUGAGCAAUACAUGGAUGAGAGAUGGCCGGCAGUGGCAAAAAGUGGCAGUACAAGUGUCUCUAAUGCAGACGGCAUCAAAGGAAGUAUUCCCAAACAGAGUCCAGCAAAGGAAAACGACUCCAUUAAGAUCCAUACAGAGAAUGGCAAGGGGCAAGAAUCAGAGGGUAAAGGAAUCAGCAAUGGCACAAGUAACAUUAAUUCCAUGGAGGAGGAGGACAAGGGAGGAUUGAAGUACCUUAUGGAAGUGAUAGGGAAAGUUCUGAAGGAAGAGGAACAAGAAUAUUCACUGAAACUACAAGAGUUGGAGGGUAAGAAGGGAGAGGAUCCUGAAGAGUGGCUAAAGAUUGUGAUAAGAUUAAAGAUUUUACGAGAGGAAAAACAACUGGAGGAGUGGUUAAAAGCCAUUGUGAGGAAUGUUUUGAAAGAGGGCGAAGAAGCGAACGCCGGAGAAAGGUCCCUUCAACAAGACAAACAGAGCAAGGAAGAAAAGCAGGGGGCAUCCCAGAAACAGAAAAGAAAAGGCAAAAGAAAGGCGGUUGAAGAUGAAGAAGAACGUGAAGAAUGGAGAAAACUGAGAGAUACAUUGAGCCGCUACAAUGUUACCAUGGAUGGCCUUCAAGCUUUCCAGAAAUUUAGGUUUUACUGUGUGCCUGGAGAUCUCCCAUGGCCAUUACCCAAACAAGAGGACAAUCACAACUAAAGUCACUCUUUUAUAAAAAAUUGCUUUAUAUGUGUGUUUCAAGUACAUAUCAUAAAUUAUUUUAUCUUAUAUAUGUUUUCCAACAUAUAUAAACUUAUAGGUUUGACA